AUGGCGACGCUGGGCGGCGACGGACUGCGGCUGCUGUCGGUGUCGGGGCCGGAGCCAGAGCCCGAGUCGGCGGUGCUGAAUGGCGCAGGUCCCGGUCUGUGCUGCUGGGUGUCCGUGUGCUCCUGCCUCAGUCUCGCCUGCUCCUACGUGGGCAGCCUUUACGUGUGGAAGAGCGAACUGCCCAGGGAUCAUCCGGCGGUCAUCAAGCGGAGGUUCACCAGCGUCCUCGUGGUGUCCAGCCUUUCCCCGCUCUGUGUACUGUUUUGGCGAGAGCUCACAGGCCUCCAGCCAGGCAUAUCCCUGUUCACCCUGAUGGGCUUCAGGCUGGAGGGCAUUUUCCCUGCCGCGUUGCUGCCGCUGCUACUGACUAUGAUCCUGUUUCUGGGUCCCCUGAUGCAGCUCUCCAUGGACUGUCCUUGGGACUUGGCCAACGGGCUGAAAGUGGCGCUGGCUCCCCAGGCCUGGGCUCAAUGCCUGACAGACAUGCGUUGGCUUCGUAACCAAGUGAUUGCUCCCCUGACAGAAGAGCUGGUGUUUCGGGCCUGCAUGCUGCCCAUGCUGGCCCCCUGCACAGGGCUUGGCCCUGCCAUCUUCACUUGCCCCCUCUUCUUUGGUGUCGCCCAUUUCCACCACGUGAUUGAACAGCUUCGUUUCCGCCAGGGCAGCGUGGGGAGCAUCUUCCUAUCGGCUGCAUUCCAGUUCUCCUACACGGCUGUCUUCGGGGCCUACACGGCUUUCCUCUUCAUCCGCACAGGACAUCUGAUCGGGCCGGUCCUCUGCCACUCAUUCUGCAACUACAUGGGCUUCCCCGCUGUGUGCGCAGCCCUGGAACACCCCCAGAGGGGCCCCCUGCUGGUGGGCUACGCCCUGGGUGUGGCUCUCUUCCUGCUCCUGCUGCAGCCCCUCACAGAGCCCCGGCUGUUCAGCAGUCUCCCCCUCUGCCAGCUCCUGGACCGAACUGGGGAUUCAGCCACCUCCCUGUGCUCCUGACCUCUGCUCCCUCCCUACAGACUCUCAUGAGCUCCCUAGCCCCCCCACGAGAGAGGGAUUGGGGGGGAUGAGGGGUGAGCUGGGGUCCCUGAGAUCCCAGGAAUUCUAGUAAGGGGGCUAGAAGCCAGAGCUAAUUGAACCCCAAGGACUGAGAGAAAGGGGGUGGGAGCCCCACCUCCCUUAGGGGGCCAUCUGCCCCUUUUCCACUGUGCUGCUCCUGGGCCUUGGGGAGGCUGCUGGGGGAUGGGGAAGAGUAGCCCCUCCCACCUCCCUGGUCUUCUCUUUUUGCAUCAGACUUUGUAUUCAGAUAUUAAAAAGAGUUUUAACUUGGGUAA